AUGGACUCAGUGAAGAAUGCUGCCAAAGCGGCCACAGGCCAGGACUCCCAGUUCACCUCUGGCCAUCAAGUCCCCAUUCAGGAUAUGAGCCAGCCAAGCCAGCAGAGUGACAUGAAAGGACCCGAUCCCGUAAAUACGGAAGUACCCACCGAAGAUGGCGGCUACCAGACUUAUCGCGCAGCCGGCAAGCUGAAGGGCAAGAAAGCCAUCAUCACAGGUGGAGACUCUGGCAUCGGACGGGCCAUUGCCAUCCUUUACGCUAUGGAAGGUGCGGAUAGCAUGAUCGCCUAUCUACCCGACGAACAAAAGGAUGCCGAAGAGACCAAGGAAGAGGUGGAGAAGCACGGAGGGAAAUGCUAUCUGUUCCCCACAGACCUCACCAAGAGGGAGAACUGCGCAGAGCUCGUUAAGAAGGCCGUCUCGGAAAUGGGCACCAUCAACAUUCUCGUGAACAAUGCGGCAUAUCAGAAUAUGAUCUCUUCCAUCAGUGAGCUUUCAGAAGAGCAGUGGCUGAAGGCCUUCGACACCAACAUCCACCCCUACUUCUACCUCUCCAAGUAUGCCCUCGAGCACAUGAAGAGCGGCGACACCGUGUGCAACUGCGCUUCGGUCAACGCAUACAUCGGACGCCCUGACUUGCUCGACUACACCUCCACCAAAGGCGCCAUUGUAUCCUUCACACGUGGACUGCAUAACCAACAGAUCGCUCACGGUAUCCGUGUCAAUGCUGUCUGCCCUGGGCCCGUCUGGACUCCACUGAUCCCCUCAACCAUGACGAAAGAGGCACAGGAUCAACUCAGCGCGACACCCAUGGGUCGCCCAGCACAGCCGUCGGAGAUUGCAACCUGCUUUGUCUUUUUGGCCAGCCAGGACAGCAGUAUGAUUUCCGGGCAGAGUUUGCAUCCUAACGGCGGCGUCGUGGUCAACGGCUAA